AUAUAACAGCUAAACGUGAGGUAGUGUUCUAACAAGCUAGCGUCAGCUAGCAAACCAUGUACGUUGGCUGGACAUAUUGUCUUUAGAAACAACGUUGACGUUCCUCUCGGAUACUUCCGCUGCCUCGUGGAUUCCCAUUACGCCUAGAAUUAAUCAGGUUUUAGAAUCAAUUCAGCGCUGAGUGCAAAAUGCCAAAGGACUGCAAUCAGCCCCCAAAUGAAGAAGAUAAGCCUACUGAUUCAGGAGACUCCGGGAAUGUUACAGACAAGACUGAUGCUCCUGAAGAGCUUGUACAGAAACGAAUGAGGAGAAACGCCCCAAGUCCCCACAGAAUUAAUCCUCAGUCAAGCCCUCCCAUGUUUGUAUCUGUUGAGGAGCUCAUGGAGACUGCCAAAGGAGUCACUAACAUGGCGCUUGCUCACGAGAUCGUAGUGAAUGGAACCUUCCAAGUGAAACCCCCUGAACCAGCUGAAGGAACCUUGGAAAAAAGAGUAAAAGACAUCAUGCACAAGGCAUUCUGGGAUAGUCUUGAAACACAGCUGAAUCAAGAUCCUCCAAUGUAUGAUCAUGCAAUCAAGCUGGUUGGAGAGAUCAAAGAGACACUGCUGUCGUUCCUCAUGCCGACACAGGGCCGUCUGCGGGGACAGAUAGAGGAAGUGCUGGAUCUGUCGCUCAUCCAGCAGCAGGCUGAGAAGGGAGCUCUGGACAUCGGCAGAGUGGCUCAGUUCAUCAUUGGCAUGAUGGGAGCCUUCUGCGCACCCAUGAGAGAUGAGGAUGUCAAGAAACUGCAUGACAUCACCGAUACUGUACCACUCUUGAAGGCUAUAUUUUUAGUUCUGGACAAAAUGAAGAUCGACAUGGCCAAUUUUGCCGUCAGAAGCAUCCGUCCACAGCUACUACAGCACUCCGUUGAGUAUGAGAGGAAGAAAUUUCAGGAGUUCCUUGAAAAACAGCCAAAUGCUUUGGAUUUUACCAGGAAAUGGCUUGAGGAUUCAGCAAAUGCACUGAGAAGUACAAGAGAGGAGCAAAGUGAUGUGGCAGGAGCAAGAUUCCCGAGCCUUCAGCCCCUAUCUGUACACAACCAUGCUUACUUGAGCCUGCUCAAGUGGGACCACUCUGCUUCCCCCUUCCCUGAGACAAUGCUCAUGGACCAGACCCGAUUCCAAGAGAUGCAGCUGGAAUUGGAGCAGAUCACCACAGUGGCAUCAGUGCUGUUGAUAGUAUACAAUAGCGCUGGAGAGGCCAUCUCGGGCCUGCCAGGCCUCAUGGACCGUCUGAAGAAUACUGUCAGAGUGCUGUUAGCUGAGAGGCAUACACCCUCAUUCAAUGCAGAGGAGGCCUUUGCAACCAUAGGGGAACGGAUGUGUGUGGAGCUGGAGGAAUGCUUGUCAAAGCAUGCUUUCUCUCCUUUCCCCAGCGACCGGCAAAAUGCUUUGAAAGGCCAGAUUGCUGCAGUCAACAGCCCUGACAACCCUAUUUUGAAGCUUAUAGACUCUCGCAUACAAACCUACCUGCUGGCUUUUUUGGAGUCCAGUCCCCACAGGAGUCCUGUAGCCUUGCCGGGGGGGCUUGCGCCCAUCAGUAAAGAGCUGGAAGAUAUUGUGGUCCGGCUUGGCCGUCUGGUAAACUUCAACAAGCUGGUCUACUCUCCUCACUACCAGGAUCUCCUACAGGACAUCUUGAAAGAUAAGGAAGAUGCUAAAGUUGAGACCUGAGUGUGAGCCCUUCACUUAUAUCUCAUUAGCUUGGCUUUCCCUUAAGUUAUACUGUAGGCAUGCAGUCCUGCCAGUGUGACAGCAAAAAUAUGAAAUAAAGAAACACUCCUGCAUUACCUACUCCUAACAUUUACUCUUGAUGUAUAAUGCACUCGCAACAAAAUGGACGGUUGGAAAUUAACCAUCCUUCUUCUUGUUUUUUUAAGGAUCUUUUGAAUUUUUGGGGGGAUUUUCUGGCGAAUAGAUUCGUAUUUGAUAGGAAGAGUUUUAAAAGGGGAGAAGAGGUAUUAGGUAUUGACUUUAUUGACUGGUGCCUUAGCGUGCUUUGCUGUUGCCAAUCUUCUGUUUAUUAUUGUCUUUCUAUGCCAUUAGAGAUAACACAAUUCACUAAAUGUUAUCAACUUGUAUGUGAAAUGCACCCACAGACUCUGAUGGUAUUCAUUAUUCCAGUAUUCCUGUUACUCUGUGCCCACCUCACAUUGUCUUUGUAAGUGUAUUUGUGGUCAGACUGUGCCGUAUUAUUGGGCUACUUGGAAAGACAUGCACAGCAUACGUAUUUAGGAUGGGAAUUAUUCUGUACAAGAACAUGACUUAGGCCAUGGGCAGAUGUAAUGAAUCAGUCAUAUUAUUUCGCCAAUCCUGUUGUCAAACUGGAAUGACUGAAAUGCUUGUGUUUAGGUCAACACAAGGUCAAAAUAUUUUAUCUUGACUUUUAAACCAUCUUUUAUACUCCUGGAGUGUAAUUCUGGAAUGUGUUGUUUUGCACUUGUUAUUUAUAGAUUAACCUUUUAUUAUUGAGUGAGCACUGUGUGCUACCUUUAUUUGACUAGUUUCUUAAUAUCGCCAUUCCCCAACAUUUAUCACUGCAAUAAUACAAACAUGGUAUUUAAACUGAACGCAUCAUCCAAAUAAAUAUGUCUGCAAAAGUUGUCUAAA